GGGCGCGCGUAAUGGCUUCAUUGUUGUUGCAAUGUUUUGAACGAUGUUUUGAUCCGAAAUUUUUAUCAUUUUAACCAAAUUUACAGCUGGAUUGUAAGCGUUUUGUAAUAAAAUCUGUAAAUAUUCAAGUAAUUCAUACCCAACAUAACGACAGAUCUUAAAAUAAACAUUUAUAAACAAGAAUUUUGGGACUAUGAAACCGACAUUUGAAUGUCAACUAUAGAUAUUUGUAGUGGAUUCUUGUGGAGUUUGGACGAAGAAGAUUAUGUAACGCGCGUUGAAAAGGACCUGAGAAGCUUUUCGAAAGAAAGAGCAACCAAUAGAGUGCUUGUUUUUCCGCCAUUGCCUUCGCGAUUUCGUUUCCUUACACAUAAAAUUGUUGAAAGAUGGCAAGGGCUUAAGAGUACCUCAGUUGGGACGGAGCCUGCCCGAAGCACUGUUGUUUAUUUUGAAGCGAAAUCAUACAAUACACAACCAUUUAUGAGUAAAUCAAUGCCCGAAAGUGGAGGACAAUCACCUGAAUGCCGAGGGCGAGGUAGAGGCCGUGGGAGAGGUAGAGGACUGGGUCGAAACGAUAGCCCCAAGAGUAGUCCCACUGCCUCUCGUCGGCCUCCCCAAGUGCUGUACACCCCAGGAGCUUUCAGCAAACAGAGAAAAAACACUGAUGAGAUAGCAAAACAAGCCCAAAGUCCGGUAAAGAAUACCUCAGCAGAAGCCAUCACUGAAACAAAACCUUCUUAUCCAAAUCCAAAAGUCUCCAAAUCCCGUGAACCUGAAACUCCAAACUUGGAUAAGCAGCUGGACUGUGAAUCCAAGUGGGAAAAUAUUAAGAAUGAAGAGAAAUGUGUAGUAAAGGAUGAAAAUAAUCUGGAAUUCACUUUAAACAAGUUGUAUGUUGAAUCUCAAAGUAUAAAUGAGGUUGAAAAUAUGCAGACAAAUAUAGAGAGGAAUUUUGAAGAUAGCAAUAGCUUUUUAACAAAUGAUGGAUGCGAAAAACCAGGCAAUGAUGUUUGUGAUGCCAUGGUUGUUGAAACUCAACCUAGUAAGGUUGCUCUCGCUUCCUGUGAUAUCGCAAACAAUGAGGUAUCAAAUGAGAGUGAAAACCAGGCUAGUCCUGAACAGUGUUGUAUCAGUACAGUACUAAGCAAUGUUGAUAGCCAGACAAACUCUGAAAACCUUUGCACGGACAAGGAAAACAUAUCCUUGAAUUCUGAAGGCAACCUGCUGCAUGAUAAAGAUAUCAGUGAUAUUAUUGCCACAACUUACUCAACUGAGGUGACAAACAAAACUUCCGCAAAAAAUUGCUCUGACAAAGUAACAGAUGAACUGAAAAAUAGCAUCAGAAAUGAUAAUCAAUCAUCUGAAAUAACAGAAAUUGAUUCGACUGCAGGCAUUCAGACACCUGAUGUGGCUGUCAGGAAAGGUUUUGCGAAAAUAGAUGAUAGGAAAUCUAGUGUCAAAACUGAGAAUACUAAGCCUAAGGUUUCCUGUAAAGAAACAUCUUUUUCCGAGGUUGUAAACACUAUAGGAGAAGACGUCGCUGUAUCCGAUGAACCAUCAAGUGACGUCGAUAAUGGAGAUGAUAAAAUGCCUAUGGGAAAUGGUGAAAGAACAGUUGAAAAUGCUGAGGAAAGCAAGUUGAUUAAUGAUAAACAUAAUGAAGAGAGUUUAGAAGAAACAGAUGCUGGUGAAUGUAAAAGUUUUGGAUUGCAAAAUGAAAGCGAGAAAUCAAAUAAUGGACAAGGAGUCGCGGAAAGCGAAAAGAAUGAAUCAAAGAGCAAAAGUAAACGAAAGUGCAAGAAAGAAGAGAAGGCUAAGAAGAAAGAGGAAAGGUCGCGAAAAAAACAAGCGAAACCUAAGUCGAAGAGCAAAGACGAAGGAAAAACUGUUGAAAAAGAAAGUGAAGCUAUUCAUUCGAAAAAGAAAUGCAGUAAAGAAGCUCAGGUUUCGCAAGAAAAACCAAAGGAGAAAUCAUUAGUCACAGAUACGUUGAAGGUUGUACGUGAAAGUAAAGACACAUUACUAAAAAUGAGCGUGACUGACGAGGACGCUUUAAAGCUGGAGAAAAUGCAGGACGAAGAUGGCCAAAACAGAAGCGAAGGCUCAGAUGAAGAAGACAACUGGGAAACAGCAAGCUUGGAUGAGGAUCGUUUAGCUGAGCUCGAUGCCGAAAUCGAUACAGCAGCUGUCGAAUUUGUUAAACCCAAAUACGACUAUUUACACAUUCCAGCCUAAUGAUAUUAUUUUGGACAACGGGGUGUUUGACCACGUCGUGGAAAUUUACGACUUUCCAACGGAGUUCAAAGAUCGCGAUUUGAUAAAUGCUUUAUCUUAUUUCCAAAAAGAUUAUGGAAUCCACUGGGUAGACGAUACGCAUGCUUUGGCGGUUUUCUCAAAUCACAGAAUUGGUCAGUUUCAAAGAAAACUUUGAGUAAACAAAGUGUUGUCGAUAAGUACACUGAAUUCCUUUUGAUCAAACUAGAUACUGAUCAACCCACAAUGCAAAU